AUGAGGAGCUCUUGGUAUGCCUUUUGCUUUUCCUUGCUCUUCUGCGGGCUGCUUGGGGACUGUUUUGGAGUUGCGCUUGUGCCCAAGGACAAACGUGGAUGGACCCUGAACAGUGCUGGAUACCUGCUGGGACCCCCACUUCUUCCCUUCUACUCCCCUCUCCCCAAAGCAGAUGCCCAUCAGACGUUGCCUGAUAAAGGAGGUUUGGCUGGGAAGCGCGAUGCAGUGGAGGACUUGUACUCUCUGGGGCAGGACUCUGUGGCACCAAUUGUGCAACCUUCUGAUUACAGCAUCCUCCAAACUCUGAUGGAUUUUCUCUCCUACCUGAAUCUCCGAGAUCAAAGAGUGAUUGGACGCCUGCCCCUCCCAGUGUCAGAAGAAUCAAUGCAACAAUAGCCUUCUUCAGCCUGCGCCCUUUAGAGCUGCUUGUAGUCCCCCAGUUCCUUCCCUGUGUCACACAUGCAGAAGUUGGUCGGAUCCUUUGUUCUAUUUUGCCCGCUGCUCAUCUGUUCAGCAACUGGCUCCAGAGAAUCCACUUCUAGCCAGCCCCCCUUGCCAGUACCGCUGGCCACUUUCAACCUUAUGCUGUCAUUUAUUCUCACAUUCUCUUACACAACACCCAUAACCCUUCUUCUGGUGGAUAAUCUCUUCACUUUUCCCCAAACAAUUACAGGAUAUACAACAAUACCUUAAUCUCCCCUUGUCACUACAGCUUCAUGUUUUUAACAGACAUUGGCACGCUUCUUUGGGGUCUUAUUUAGGGCAGAGGAGUGC